GCUUUGAGAAGGCAAAUCUCUCUGUUCAACUGUUUACCCUGACGUCAGUUUGCACAAGUAGCAGUGGGCCGUCUCACGGCGCGUUCUCUGAAACUGCGUGUCUGUGUCACUGUCAACCAGUGGGGAAUAGAGGAGCUCCGUUCUCCCAAACUUCCCCGGGUGGAUGUCACGGGACGACUUGAAAACGACAUUUUCCGCGCAUUUAAAAGUGGACUAAAAAAGAGCUUGACGAUGAACACCUGCGCCUUUUUGUUGAUUCUCAGCGUCCAGAUCUACGCCGAUGGCAUCGAGGGGCCAACAGCUGCUGGCUGCACGUUUGAAGAGGAUUCUGAUCCCAGUCUAUGUGACUUCACUCAGAGUGAAGAAGAUGACUUUGAUUGGCAGCUUUUUCGGACAACAUACGCUGGUUCUGAUCUCCUGCGAGGAUCCUAUAUGUUAGUCAACUCCUCGCAGCAUGCUACGGGGCAUUGUGCUCAGCUUUUGCUGCAGAGUUUGAGUGAAAACGACACACACUGCGUCCAAUUCAGCUACUUCCUGUACAGUCGCGAUGGCCACAGUCCAGGGGCCCUGAAGGCAUACGUGCGUGUCAAUGGCGGUCCGCUGGGCAAUCCGGUGUGGAACACAUCAGGAUCUCACGGGAAGCAGUGGCAUCAGAUGGAGCUAGCUGUCAGCACCUUCUGGCCAAAUGAAUAUCAGGUACUGAUUGAGGCUACUGUUUCCACGGAGCAACAAGGGUACAUUGCUAUCGAUGACAUCAUGGUGCUCAACUAUCCCUGCUAUAAGGCACCACAUUUCUCCCGGCUUGGAGACGAGGAGGUCAAUGCUGGACAAAAUGCCACUUUCCAGUGUGUGGCUGCUGGAAAGGCUUCUGAGGCUGAGAAAUUCUUGCUGGAGAGACACAACGGGGACAUUUUAACAAGUGCGUCCGUCAAGCACCUGAGUCACCGACGCUUUGUGGUAUCGUUCCAACUAGACAGCGUCCAGAGGUCAGAUCAAGACCUCUACCGCUGCAUUACCCAGUCCUCCAGGGGUUCAGGGGUCUCAAACUUUGCUGAACUCAUUGUCAAAGUGCCACCUUCCCCUAUCGCGCCACCUCAGCUGCUGCGUGCUGGCUCCACUUACCUAAUCAUCCAGCUCAAUACCAAUUCCAUCCUUGGAGAUGGACCCAUUAUUAGGAAAGAGAUUGAGUAUCGUGCCAGCCAAUCUCCAUGGUCUGAAGUACAUGGAGUCAACAUGGUCACCUACAAGCUGUGGCACCUGGAUCCGGACACAGAAUACCACAUCAGCGUGCUGUUGACCCGGCCCGGAGAAGGAGGCACGGGCCCUCCUGGACCUCCACUAGUGAGCAGGACUAAGUGUGCAGAGCCCAUGCGUGCGCUGCGAGGCCUGACUGCCACAGAUAUCCAGCCCAGGCAGUUGUCCCUGCUGUGGGAGAACUUGGCUUUCAACGUGACACGCUGCCACACCUACUCAGUGUCCCUGUGCUACCGCUACACCACAGCGGGAGGCGGCGGCGGCCACAACACCACCGUGCGUGAAUGCCUGGCUGUGGAGCACAACGCCUCACGCUUCACGCUGCGUGAUCUGCCACCCUACCAUGGCAUCCAUGUCCGUCUGUCACUGGCCAACCCGGAGGGCAAGAAAGAGGGCAGAGAGGUCACCUUCCAGACUGAGGAAGACAUCCCAGGAGGCAUAGCACCAGAGUCGCUCACCUUCACCCCACUAGAUGACAUGAUCUUCCUGAAGUGGGAGGAGCCCCUAGAGCCCAAUGGCCUUAUUACCCAGUAUGAGAUCAGUUACCAGAGCAUCGAGUCGUCUGAUCCCGGCAUCAACGUCCCAGGACCAAGAAGAACUGUAUCCAAGCUAAAGAAUGAGACCUAUCACAUGUUUUCCAACCUUCACCCAGGAACAACCUACUUGAUCUCUGUUAGAGCCCGUACAGGAAAGGGUUUUGGCCAGACAGCCCUCACUGAAAUCACCACAAACAUCUCAGCGCCAACAUUUGAUUAUGGAGAUAUACCUUCCCCCUUGAGUGAGACUGAGAACACAAUAACAGUAGUGUUGCGCCCCGCUCAAGGUAGAGGCGCACCUGUCAGCACGUACCAGGUGGUGGUAGAGGAGGAGACUGUAAAAAAGGUGAAGAGGGAGUUGGGGCUUCAAGAGUGUUUCCCUCUUCCGAUGUCCCAUGGCGAGGCCUUGGCCCGGGGCACCCCGCACUACUACACCGCUGAGCUGCCACCCAGCAGCCUGCCAGAGGCCAGUCCUUUCACUGUGGGAGACAAUCAUACUUACAACGGCUACUGGAACACACCUUUAGACCCACGCAAAAGCUACCUUGUGUACUUCCAGGCUAUGAGCAACUUCAGAGGGGAAUCAAGAAUAAACUGCAUCCGCAUAGCUCGCAAAGCCGCCUGCAAAGACCACCGCAAGGCUUUGGAGGUGUCCCAGAACUCAGAAGAAAUGGGGCUGAUUCUGGGUGUCUGUGUUGGUGGCCUGGUGGUGCUCAUUCUCCUGCUGGGUGCUGUUAUUAUUAUCAUUAAGAAAGGAAGGAACUACUACUCUUUUUAUCCGAAACCUGCGAACAUGAAUAAGACACCGAUUACUUAUCGCCAGGAGAAGAGCCACAUGGGCUCCAUGGAGCGCAGUUUUACGGACCAAAGCACCCUACAAGAGGAUGAGAGGAUGGCACUCUCCUUCAUGGAUGCACACACUUGUGGAACUCGAAGUGAUCCGCGCAGUUCUGUAAACGAGGCCAGCAGUCUGCUGGGAGGCUCCCCGAGGCACCCGUGCGGACGCAAAGGCUCCCCCUACCACACGGGGCAGCUGCAUCCCGCCGUGCGAGUGGCCGACCUACUCCAGCACAUCAACCAGAUGAAGACAGCUGAGGGCUACGGCUUUAAACAGGAAUAUGAGAGUUUCUUUGACGGCUGGGACUGCACUAAGAAGAAAGACAAAACCAAAGGAAGACAUGAUACCUUAUUGGGAUAUGAUCGCCAUCGAGUCAAGCUCAACCCUCUUUUGGGAGACCCCAAUUCCGACUAUAUCAAUGCCAACUACAUUGAUAUUCGGAUUAACAGGGAAGGCUACCAUCGAUCCAACCACUUCAUCGCCUCUCAGGGACCCAAGCAGGAGACACUCUAUGAUUUCUGGAGGAUGGUGUGGCAGGAGAAUUGUUUCAGCAUCGUCAUGAUCACUAAACUGGUGGAAGUUGGCAGGGUGAAAUGCUGUAAAUACUGGCCAGAUGACAGCGAGAUGUACGGUGACAUCAAAAUCACGCUGCUUAAAACGGAAACACUUGCUGAAUAUACUGUACGCACAUUUGCUUUGGAGAGGAGAGGAUACUCAACCAAGCAUGAAGUCCGUCAGUUUCACUUCACAUCCUGGCCUGAGCACGGGGUGCCCUAUCACGCCACCGGUUUGCUGGCCUUUAUACGAAGGGUGAAGGCCUCUACUCCUCCUGACGCUGGUCCUGUGGUAGUCCACUGCAGUGUGGGGGCGGGCCGCACAGGCUGCUACAUUGUACUCGAUGUCAUGUUGGACAUGGCGGAAUGUGAAGGUGUAGUGGACAUCUAUAACUGUGUCAAAACCCUCUGCUCAAGACGAAUUAACAUGAUCCAGACAGAGGAGCAAUAUGUAUUCAUCCAUGAUGCUAUUUUAGAGGCUUGCUUGUGUGGUGAGACGGCCAUCCUGGUGAAUGAGUUCUCGGUUGCCUAUAGAGAAUUACUGAGAGUGGAUUCCCAGAGUAAUUCCUCGCAGCUACGUGAAGAAUUUCAGACCCUAAACUCUGUGACCCCACACCUGGACGUAGAAGAGUGCAGCAUUGCUUUGUUGCCCAGAAACCGUGAAAAGAACCGCAGUAUGGAUGUCCUUCCACCCGACCGUGCCCUGGCCUUCCUCGUAACCACAGAGGGGGAGAGCAACAAUUACAUUAACGCCGCUCUGGCCGACAGCUUCCACCAGCAAGCUGCCUUCAUCGUAACCCCUCACCCUCUGCCUGGCACCACGGCCGACUUUUGGAGGCUGGUCUUCGACUACGGCUGCACAGCGGUGGUCAUGCUCAACCAACUGAAUCAGUCCAACUCCGCAUGGCCAUGUGUCCAAUACUGGCCGGAACCUGGUUUACAGCAGUAUGGGCCCAUGGAGGUUGAGUUUCUCUCCAUGUCAGCUGAUGAAGAUGUCAUUACUCGCCUGUUUCGAGUAAAGAACGUCACAAGGCUCCAAGAGGGCCAGCUGGUGGUGUGUCAAUUCCAAUUCCUACGCUGGUCCCCAUAUCGGGAUGUUCCCGACUCCAAGAAGGCUUUCCUUAACCUGCUGGCACAAGUGCACAAGUGGCAAAGAGAGUGUGGAGAAGGCCGCACUGUGGUCCACUGUCUUAAUGGUGGCGGUCGCAGCGGAAGCUUCUGUGCCAGCAACAUUCUUCUGGAGAUGAUCCAGUACCAGAACUUGGUGGACAUCUUCUACGCAGUCAAAACACUAAGGAACUGUAAACCCAACAUGGUGGAAUCCCUGGACCAGUAUCGAUUCUGCUAUGACCUCAUCCUGGAGUAUCUGGACUGCUUUCAGGGGAGAUAGCAACAAAAUGCAGAACAACAAUCCCACUGGAUUUAAGGUCUCCUCUAUAUCACUGCUUGGACCUGUGCUUUUGAAAGAAGUGCAAAUGAACAUGAAUGAAAACAAUGUGGUUCAGAAUUUUAACCUUUAAUGUACAGCUGUGAUUUCCUUCUAGUGGAGUCGUUUUAUCUUUUUUAAAUAUUUUGUGCUUUUGCAUCUGUACCACACUCUGUUGUGCCAAGGCAUUCUGUAGCCCAAUAAAAGAAGAGGAACAGAAAAAAAAAUGUUAUGAGCUACAAAAAUGACCUGUUUUAUUGUGAAGUGGGGUCACCUUGGCCACGGUUCAUUUUUACAUUCAACAGCUAAGGGGCUGGAGACAAUUCUCGAGUUACAAUAGCGUUAUCUCUACAUGGACAUUUUUUUUUUUUUUUAAAUUCAAGAGCUAUACACAAUUGCAGUCCACUGUGCUUGUGGCAUGAAUUAUUUAGCAUACCAUAAACUGCCUUAUUCUCUGACAAUAAGACACAAUAAGGGGACAAAGUCUAGACAGACCUGUGUAGAGCCAUGUCUUGUAUUUUGCCGUAUUGUGUUGGCCACACAGAUUAUCUUUUCCUUGGCCUCCUUACUGUUGCAGUGCCAAACCCUAAGACUGACUUGAAUAGUCUCUUAACUUUGUUCUGCUUUAUCUUGAUAUAUGCCUACAUUGACUAUGUACUAAACUCCAAUGUGAUUGUAUCUCAAAUCCAGUGGGAAGGAAAAAGAAGUAUGAAAAGUAUUUUCAACAGCUAUAGCAGUUGAAUGAAAACACACUUUGUUAAUAUUUGCUACUAUUUCAACUUCUUUUAUGAGACCUGUGCAUUGGAUUGUACUGUUGGUGCGUUUGUGCAAAUGUGGCAUGAAGGACUAUUGUUUAUUGUGGUUGAAGAUGACUCGAAAUAACAAAAAACAAGUAAUUACCGUAUUUUUCGGACUACAAGUCUCACCUGAGUAUAAGUCGCACCAGCCAUAAAAUGCCCAAUGAAGAGGAAAAAAACAUAUGUAAGUCGCACCGGAGUAGAAGUCACAUUUCUGGGGGAAAUUUACUUGAUAAAAUCCCACACAUAGAACAGACAUGUCAUCUUCAAAGGCAAUCUAAUAUAAAAAUACAAUAGAGAACAACAUGCUGAAUAAGUGUACAGUGUACAGUGUAUGAACAACGAAAUGCGAAUAUACUGUCCUCACCAGGACGCUACGGCUCGGUCCUGGCUAUUCAGCGGGCUAAACUCGCAAAUGACGAUGCUGGACGUCCGUAUAAUUUGCCAGAUCAAUUUUGUCCUCGUUCCCAAACAGGUUCGCAUCAACGUAAAUAAAUGAUAAUUAAGUGCUUUUACAGCAAUGACAAAAACGGUUAGCAUGCGUUCGCUAGCAUUAGCACAUCAUUCAAACAACCACACAACUGGCUCUAAGUGUCCGAUCGCGGGUGGAAAACACACAACAACAACAGAAAAGAUGAUACACACAGGCGUUGCCUCUGUAGAGAUAUUUUACAAGCAUAAACAAUGAACGUAGGUUCACAGCCGUGUUUCUGUCUUGCUAACUCGCCCACUCACUCAGAGCUACGUAAGUAGCUGUCGGUCUUCUUCUGCCUUGUGAGCGCUCUUCUUCACAUAAACAAGUGCGAGUGCGCCCCCAUGUGGGUAUGAAAGCGCCAAAACUAAAAGCAUGCAUUUUAAUAUAAAAAAGUCAAUAAUACAAUUGAUCACACAUUGCCAAAGGCAGAACGUGAACGUGGCCAUAGCUAUUAAGAGUUAUUUGGAUAACCAUAGUAUAAAGAACAUGCUAACAAGUUUACCAAACCAUCAGUGUCACUCCAAAACACCAAAAUAACAUGUGAAAUGAUAUCAUAAUGUGUUAAUAAUUUCACACAUAAGUCGCUCCUGAGUAUAAGUCGCACCCCCAGCCAAACUAUGAAAAAAACUGCGACUUAUAGUCCGAAAAAUACGGUAGUCAGAAAAUUGGACCAAAUUCUCCUGUAAUUUUGUACUAUCAGCGUCUGCAGCGCUAGCUUAUAUAGUAUUUCACUCGUUGAUAUAGUGCUUUUAAUUUCCGUUUUAUUGUUCAAGCAGUGCUGAAAGCAAAAACAGACCAGUAUCUCUAGUUUCUACGAGCACUAACACCUUGUGAGCGUAAGCAUGCAGUCAUCUUAACAAAGAUCGCGAACUGCUCCAAAUAGGUGGCGCUAAUUUUCUUACCAAUUGCUGCUCAUUUGUAAGUUAUGUUUGGGAGAGGGACCCGCAAAUAGGUGGAAAAAUUUCUCGUCAUCAGUCAUUUUGUCAUCAGAUCAUAUCUGACAGCACAUAAUGGAAACAGACAUGCCACUAGAUAAGUUAAAAAGUCACCUGGUGAUAGUGUACGACAUUUCUGAAACACGUAAGUGCACUGAGAGGGAAUUAUUCUCCUUUUUGCUCGUAUUUUCCUCCAAACGCAGGAAAACGUUAUCUUUUAACAACCAUUAUCAUCCAUCAUCACCCUUUAAAAUGCUCUAGCUAGCAUAUCUCCCGAAACAGCAUAAAGAGCAGCUUUUUCCUGGAUGUGCCCUAAUAGACCCCUGAAAGCCACAGAAGCUGACAAAUGGCAGCUAGGUAAACAUUUUACAGCUGCGUAAAAGAAAAAUAAUGUGCACAUGAUGCACUCACAGAAAGACUAUGGAAGGAGAAUGAGGUAGCUACUGUUUAGCCAGCAAUCAAAACAUUACUGUACACGAUUGCUGGAUUAAAGCAGCAAGUGCCUGAAUAUUUUUUUAGGCGGGUGGAGAGAAUGUGUAUAUACAGCUGUACAUUGUUAUGUGAAUACAUUGUGAAUAGUAUACUAUGUUUGCCCAAUUGUGACUACUCCAUAACCACAAAAUUGAAUGUCCUGUAAAUGACAUUUUCCAAAGUAAUCUGCGGUUUUAACAAGCGUGUCUAUUUGAGUGCAGCAUGUUUGACUCCCUGGUCAUUUCCGAAAGAAGCCCCUAUCACACUGGCCCCCUGUGUGCUUUUCAGCAGCUACUCCCACCAUGGGGGUCCACUGUACCUUUGCCAUUCCAAUGCUUUUAACGAUGACUGCGCGCCGACUGCCAUGAGACUUCUGUUGACGUCACCUAUUUUCUGUAUGAACCAAUCAUACAUGACUACUGUGUUUCUAAGCAUUGUGUUUGUGAAGAAAAGUGUGUGUUUACAUAGUGGAAUGGAGGAAAAAGAUCUGUUUGUUGUAAAGGAAGUUUAACAAUAAAAGAAUAAGUUGAGGAAAGAAGUUGGAGUUGUCAACUUGUCAUUAAGUGUAAAAAAAGACACGUUCAGUUUAAAAGAAAAUUGAAGACUGAUAUUCUACAUCCUACUUUGACCCUCUAUAUGGUUUCUCUUACGGAUGUGAUUCACAUCCUCCUUGAAGCAUCGCCAUCUGAUCUGGGUCUUUUUAAACCCCCAACUUUCAUCUCCGCCAAGACUGAAAGGUAGCAGUUUUGAUCACAGUUUGUGCAAGAAUCAAUUAAAUUUCACCUUGAUCUGCAUUUUCUUCAUUUAAAUGUGACGGAUUUUCUGGUCUUCAUGUACUGUAGAUAUUAUAUCAGUGGUACUCAAAGUGCCGUACGAGUACCACCUGUGG